AGGUUUUCUUCAUUUUUAGGCUUCACGUGUGACCGCGGGCGGUCUUAUAAAGAAAGUUAAGGUCUUGUGAAGAUAGUUACGGUCUUUUAAAGAUAGUUUAAGUAUGAAGAUGGUACUACGUGUUCUGGCGCUGGCGCUGCUGAGUAUCGGAUAUGCGGACGCAAAUGUCUGUACAUACAUGUACCACGGCACGUGUUACGAUCUAUUCAGCGGGCUCAAUGGCGCGUGUUCAGCGGGUCACACUUACACCCUAAACUACUGUGGGUUUCAACAGAUGUGCUGCUACUACAGCACCACUGCACCGCCUGUAACCACCAAUCCACAAGUAGGUUCUGCUACUUGCGGGACAACCCUUGUUGGUAAUACAGCUCACAAAAUUGUGGGAGGAUCCGUGGCUCAACAUGGCGAGUACCCAUGGCAAGUAUCAAUCCGUUACAUGGGACAGCAUGUUUGCGGUGGUACCCUAGUCGCCGACCAGUGGGUCCUUACAGCCGCUCACUGCUUUGAGAAACUUGGCACCUACGCAACGCAAUGGUCGAUCGGGGUAGGGCUGCAGGACCAACGGUCAGUUUAUACGACCAACAUUGUUCACACGUCCCACAUUUACCCCCACGAGCAUUUCAAUGGACAAACAAACACCAAUGACAUUGCCCUCAUCAGACUGAACAAACGGAUCGAUAUAUCGGGCAGGUACGCAAGACCAGCCUGUCUGCCCCAAGCAGCCGAUUCAUUCAGCAGUGACAUAUGCACGGUCUCCGGAUGGGGCGCCACUUACUACGAUGCUAAUGGUCAGGCCCCAAUAACCAACCAACUCGAGUACGUCAAUUUGAGAACCAUCUCCAACAACGAGUGUUCCUAUUUCCUUGGCUACAGCAGUGUACACAGCACGAACAUCUGCGCAGGUGCGACGUCAACAGGGGGACAAGACGCGUGUCAGGGUGAUUCCGGCGGACCGCUUGUAUGUAUGAGGCACGGUGUCUGGGAAAUAGCAGGCGUGGUAAGCUGGGGCGACGGAUGUGGUAAGGCAAGAAGGCCCGGCGUUUACACACGUGUCACGUCAUACCUGAGCUGGAUCGACCAGAAAAUGCAAGCCUACAGUUUAAUUGGCUAAAUUAUAAUUUUAUAACUGGCUCACUUGUAGUCCAUUUGUUACUGAGAUAAUAGAUCUUCGUAGCAAUAAAAUUUGGUUGCAUA